CGUCCUCGCGCGCGUCAUUUGUACUGUGCACGGGCCGCUGUCUACACUCUUCCCUCCAUUUCUCUCCUUCCAAAGGAAGGAAGCCAUCUCUCCAUGCUAAAAGCUCCCUCCUUCCAUUUCCUGCUGAGGCAGCUUCACUUCUCUCACAAACCCUUCCUUACUCCUCUCGCUCACAAACCCUUCCUUACUCCUCUCUCCCUCAAACCCUUCCUCACUCCUCUCUCUCUCUCCAUGUCCGGCCGUACCGUCUCCGACGUCCUCAUGGGCGCCGCACGUGCCGCUGCCCAGAAAAAACCCCUUCCCCCUUCCAAGAAGCAGAAAACCCUACCUGAAAAAGACCCCCCCAAACCUCCAGAACCUUCUCCUCCCAAGGCGGGCCCUGUCGCGGCAUCGGCGCCACUGUCCAAGAAAUCUUCGCCGUCUGUGAGCGUUGAUGACAGGAUCGCGGCGCUGAGGAAUAAGGCUUCGGAUUUCAAGCCCUCAUCUGCUGCAUUCUGGAAGGACGGGGACCCUGUUCCGUUCUUGUUCCUAGCCCGAGCGCUUGACCUGAUCGCCGGUGAGUCGGGCAGGAUCGUCAUCACGGAGAUCCUGUGCAAUGUCUUCCGGACGGUGAUUGCCACGACGCCUGGGGAUUUGCUCGCUGUCGUCUAUCUGUCAGCGAACAAGAUUGCUCCUUCGCAUGAGGGCGUGGAGCUUGGCAUUGGGGAUGCAUCGCUGAUCAAGGCGCUUGCCGAAGCUUAUGGAAGGAAAGAGGAGCACAUAAAGAAUCAGCUCAAGGCAUUGGGCGAUUUGGGCCUUGUUGCAAAAGCAAGCCGUUCAUCUCAAAGCUUGAUGUUCAAACCUUCUCCAUUAACUGUUGUCAAGGUUUUGGAUACGUUUCGUGUCAUUGCCAAGGAAUCUGGAAAGGACAGUCAAGACAAGAAAAGGAGCCAUAUCAAAGGACUGCUUGUUGCAGCAACGGAUUGUGAACCUCAGUAUUUAACUCGUCUGCUGCAGUCUAAGAUGCGGAUAGGGUUGGCAGAGCAAACUGUCUUGGUAGCUCUAGGACAAGCUGCUGUAUAUUCUGAAACACACUCUGUUCCUCCACAACUUCAGUCUCCCCUUGAAGAGGCUGCCAAAAUCAUCAAACGAGUUUAUUCAGUACUUCCCAUUUAUGAUAAAAUUGUCUCGGCCCUUCUUGAUGUGGGUGUAUGGAAGCUCUCGGAGACAUGUAGCUUUACACCAGGUGUGCCAGUUGGACCUAUGUUGGCUAAACCAACAAAGGGCGUGUCAGAGAUCCUUGAUAAAUUCCAGGACAUGGAAUUUACUUGUGAAUACAAGUAUGAUGGUGAGCGUGCUCAGAUACAUUACAUGGAGGAUGGCUCAGUUGAGAUAUACAGUAGAAAUGCUGAACGAAAUACUGGAAAGUUCCCAGAUGUUGUCAAUUCAGUUUCAAGAGUCAAGAAGUCUUCAGUAAGGUCCUUCGUGCUGGAUUGUGAAGUUGUUGCUUAUGACCGUGAAAAGCAGAAAAUUUUGCCUUUUCAGAUCCUCAGCACUCGUGCUCGUAAAGGUGUGACCUUGAGUGAUAUAAAAGUUGAGGUUUGCAUCUUCGCCUUCGAUAUUUUGUAUCUCAAUAGCCAGCCACUACUCCAAAAGCAACUCAAAGUUCGUAGAGAGCAUCUUUAUAAUUCUUUUGAGGAGGUAAAGGGGGAAUUUCAGUUUGCAACAGCAAUAACAUCAAAUGAUCUUGAAGAAAUUCAGAAAUUUCUUGACAACGCCGUUAACACUAGUUGUGAGGGAUUGAUUAUCAAAACAUUGGAUGGGGAUGCUACAUAUGAGCCUUCGAAGCGAUCACAUAAUUGGUUGAAACUGAAGAAAGAUUACAUGGACAGCAUUGGAGACUCGCUAGAUUUGGUACCAAUUGCUGCUUUCCAUGGUCGUGGAAAACGUACAGGAGUUUACGGUGCAUUUCUUCUUGCUUGUUAUGAUGAGCACAAUGAAGAAUAUCAAAGCAUAUGUAAAAUAGGCACUGGCUUUUCUGAAAUGGUGCUGGAAGAGCGUUCUGCCAGUCUUCGUGACAAAGUGAUUUCCAAACCGAAGCCAUAUUAUCGAUAUUCGGAUACAAUGAGUCCAGAUGUAUGGUUUGAACCAACCGAGGUUUGGGAGGUGAAAGCUGCAGAUUUGAGUAUUAGUCCUGUCCAUCGUGCUGCAAGUGGCACUGUGGACCCAAAUAAGGGCAUUUCUCUCCGGUUCCCACGUCUGCUACGGGUUAGAGAAGACAAGUCUCCAGAUCAGGCCACUACCUCUGAGCAGGUUGCUGAGAUGUACCGUGCUCAAAAGAUUAACCAUGCAAACAAUCAAGAGGAUGAGGAUGAUGACUGAGGCGGAGAGAAAUGAGAUAAUUUUCUCAAGGAGCGGCCACCAUGUAUGGGAUUCUUCGUGGAGAGACUAAAGCCAAUGUAGCCUUCUCAUUUCAUGCUGAAACACCCGAGUCUAAAUUAACCUGAUUCAUGUGAAUCCUGUAUGGAAUAUUUUCAUGCACGUGUAUCUUCAGCCAUGCCAAGAUGCAGUUAUGUCUUGUAUGUUUUUUUGUUAGAUGGUUCUGUUUCUAUUUGUAAGAACAGCAGAAUAUAGACUAUAAGUGAGUAUGAAUUGCCUUUGGUGCCCAUCUGAUGUCUCGACUUUCUCGGGUUUGUACUUUGAUAUGUUAACCAUAGUUGCUGGUUUAUUUGUUCGAGGUAGACACAA